CCACCAGGGGGCACCAGGCAAGAGACGACUAGAGCGGCGCGAUGGCUGCCUCACGGUUGCUCCUGCGCCUGUCUGGGCGCUUGGAGUCGGUGAGCUUCACACAGAGUGUGUGUGGCCUCCUGGGCGCCGAGCAGGGACUUGGGCCGUGGUACGCGCAUUGCAGGUUCGAGCGAGGACAGCUUGUCCUCGCCAGCAGUUCAUUCCCUGGCGCCUCGGAGAGGCUUCCGAUCCAGAGACCCCCUUUCUGUCCUUUUGCGGCUCUGGACCGGCAGCCUGGGGUCUCCAGUACUGAGCUGCUCACAAAUAGAGGUGUGGAUCUAAGUGUGGCAGCCAUUCUUCAGUCCAGUGACCAGACUGUCUUGUUGACCCGAAGGACAUGUACUCUCCGCACUUACCCCAACGUCUGGGUCCCUCCAGGUGGGCACAUGGAACUUGAUGAGGAGAUACUGGAGUGUGGGCUUCGAGAGCUGAGGGAAGAGUGUGGAUUGCAGCUGGCCCAGAACCAGUUCUCCUGUGUCCUUCUGGGGUUAUGGGAGGCUGCUUACCCUCCUAGGCUGAGCUGGGGUCCCCCCAAAUACCAUCACCUCAUUCUCUAUGUCCUUGUGAUCUCCCAGGAGUCACAGCAGCAGCUCCAGGCCCGGAUCCAAGUAAACCCAAAUGAGGUGAGUGCCUUUAUGUGGCUGGGACCAGACGUAGCAGCAGCGGCUGCAGCUGCCACAGAAGAGGGGACAAAGACACCCACGCUUCUCUCCCAGGACCUACCACCCUCUCUCUGUGCAACCGAACUGAAGGAUGAUGGAGGAACCCGAGCCCUGGCCCUGCCUCUGUCCACACUCAUGCGGGCAACCCCACCCACCGCAGAGGACAAAGAAAGGGUCAGUGAUGGAACCAAGUUUGCCCUCAGGCUUUGGCUGCAACAUCUGGGCAGAUGA